CGAUGACGAUGACGGCACUGUUGCAUACAGUGUGACUCUAUCGUUACCACACCAACAUGCACUGCCUUGUGUGCGAUGGAUUGGCCCUGAUACGAUCCAUCACUGACCAGGGGACACCAAGCACCUCCAGCAGCCCCUCAUCAUCAUCAUUUCGCCUCCAGAACUGUCUCACAGAGGUCACAGCAGGUAGCAGUGUGUGU